AUGUCAUCAAAUUCAUCACCGGAAACACGAGGUGGUUCACGUGAUUCGAAAAAUAGUCCAGAUUCAACAGAUCGUAAGAAAGCAACUCAUUUAAGAUGUGAACGACAGCGUCGAGAAGCCAUCAAUAUUGGAUAUCAGGAACUGAAGGAGUUACUGCCAUCAUCAUUCUCACCCAUUGGGUGUAAAACGACUAAUGCAGCAAUUUUAUUUCGUGCAGCUGAUUAUUUAAAUCAAUUAAAAAAGGAGGAAGAAAAUCUGAAUGAAACACUUUCUCAGUUAGCUGCACAGGUGUCAGCACUUGAACUUAUCGCCAAACAAUAUGAAAAUAUGGCAGUAAACAGUUGUACAUCUAACAAAUCUUCUAUUCAGUGUCAAAUUAUUCAAGCCUUUCUUGAUUCGUGUUUUGCUUCAUUUCGCAGACAAGUAAAUGUUUCUAGCUUACAGUCCGUGAUAGAGACACUGCUACCUUGGGUGGAAAUUGUAGAUUAUGAUAAAAUUUCUCGGGAUACGUUAGACGCCGUGUAUAAAUGUUGA